AUGUUUCAUACGUGGUUUUGGAGUCUCAUUCAGAAUGAUUUCAAGACUGGGAAUAUUGAUUUUGAGGGUUGCAUGAGGCUGCUUGAAAAAUUGCAAAUACCUUUUGAUGACGAUCAUUUCAAACAUAUUUUCAAGAAAACCACUGACAAACACACAGGAGAUUUAAUUAGCAUGGACGACUUCAAAGCAAUUUAUCGAGCUCUAGUAUACAGACCUGAGUAUGAAGACCUAUUCAAGGCUUACUCAACAGAUGGCAAAAUUCUACCUGAUGGCCAGCUCCUGAAAUUUCUUGUAAAAGAACAAUUUCAAACAGAAGCUAAUGACAUGACUGCCUUAGAAAUUAUUAUGAAGUAUGAACCCAUUGAUGAAGUGAGGAAGAAAAGGCAGUUGUCAUUUGAAGGAUUUAUAAAGUACAUGAACUCAGAAGAAUGUUCAAUAUUUAAAAGCCAGCACAGGGCUGUCUAUCAAGAUAUGACCCAGCCAUUAUGUGACUAUUAUAUUUCAUCUUCUCACAACACCUACUUGAUAUCUGACCAGAUAGUGGGACCCAGUCAUUUAUGGGGAUAUACCAGUGCUCUCUUAAAAGGAUGUCGUUGCCUGGAGAUUGACUGCUGGGAUGGCAACAACAAUGAACCUAUUGUGUAUCAUGGCCACACUUUAACAAGCAGAAUUCCAUUUCGUUCUGUAAUUCAUGUGAUUGAGAAGUAUGCAUUUCUGUCAUCUGUCUAUCCACUUGUACUGUCUUUGGAGAACCACUGCAGCCCUAAACAGCAGGAAGUAAUGGCAGAGCAACUGAAAGAUAUUCUAGGUGAAAAACUUCUUUCUUUACCAGUUGGUGGUGAAGUAGAUAUUUCUCAACUACCUUCUCCUGAGGCAUUAAAAUGCAAGGUUCUGAUAAAAAAUAAAAAAGUUGGAACACUUGAGGAAGGCCUGAUGAGGAUAGACGAUGACUAUCAUGGUGAGGCUGAGGAAAUGUCUGACGCGCAGUCUGAUGAUGAAGACACUGAUACCUCUUCUGACACAUUACCUCCUCAGCCAUCCAGGAGUUCCUCCAAAAGAAAAGGAGAACUUAGGUCUUCUCAAAAAAACACAAAGGUGAAGAGGCUGAAGAUUGCCCUUGCAUUGUCAGACCUUGUGAUUUAUACUAAAUCUCAGAAGUUUGUGAGCUUUGAACAUUCUCUGCAGCAUCAAAAAUGCUAUGAAAAUAAUUCAAUUGGAGAGAGCCUAGCACGAAAACUUGCAAAAACUUCAGUUAAAGAGUUUAUUUCACAUACUACAAGAUUUAUUACAAGAAUUUACCCCAAGGGAUCAAGAAUGACCUCUUCAAAUUAUAAUCCCCUGGAGUUCUGGAACAUAGGGUGUCAAAUGGUGGCUUUGAACUUCCAAACACUGGGAAUACAAAUGGAAUUGCAAGAUGGAAAAUUCCUGGACAAUGGUGGCUGUGGCUAUGUGCUGAAACCUGAAUUCCUGAGGGAUCGCAAUACCAAAUUUACACCUCGAAAUGUGGGACCAUACAGCAAACCAAUGUCUCUGUCAGUAAGGCUGAUCAGUGGCCAUCAGUUACCACCAAGCAGUAUGUCAAAGACCAACAAAGCUGACCCCAUGGUGCAGAUAGAAAUCUAUGGUGUGCCAGAGGAUCAAACAAAAAAGAAAUCCAGCAUUGUAAAAAGCAAUGCUUUGUGCCCUAAAUGGAAUGAAACAUUCUCUUUCAACAUCCAAGUUCCAGAACUGGCACUGAUACGCUUCUGUGUGGAGGAUGAGGUCUCUGUGGUUAACAAAGAAUUCCUGGGCCAAUACACUUUACCUGUGACGAGCCUGAAUACAGGCUACCGCAAUGUUCCGCUCAUAGGCAAAGACGGUGCCAAGCUGGAAUCUGCAUCGCUCUUUGUUCAUGUCUGGUACUAUUAG